AUGACAGAACAAAGUAUUAGUAGUAACGAAAAAGGUAAUCACGUCACCACGAUCCUUUCAAUUGGUGACAAAGAACUUCAUGAAAAUGAUCUUGAUAGAGCUUUCCAAUAUCUUGAUGAUAUUGAAGGGUUUGAAAUGGAUCCCGAAUUGGAAAAUGCUCUUGAAAAGAAAAUCGAUUGGUAUUUACUUCCAGUGAUUGGUUUAUUAAUGUCGGUUCAAUUGUUUGAUAAAACUAUUCCUUCUUACAGUAGUAUUACUGGGUUGCUUGAGGACAUUCCCGGAUUCAGUGUUGGAAAUACUUAUUCAUUUGUGGGUACGUCAUUCUAUUUAGGGUUGUUUAGUUUCCAAUUUAUUGCUGAUAGAUUAUUGGUGAAAUUCCCAAUUUCUAAAACCUUAGGUACUAUUGUUAUUAUCUGGUCAGUGAUUUUAGCAUGCCAUGCAGCAUGUAAUUCUGUUGCUGGGUUCCUUACUUGUAGGGUAUUAUUGGGAAUGACCGAAGGAGCAAUGACACCUGCUUAUAUGAUUAUCACUACCAUGUGGUAUAAAAGGGAUUCAAGUGGAGCUUUAUCCAAAUUCAAAGUAAACCAAGCUUUCCUUAGAACAUGUAUAUGGUUUGGUGCACAAGGGUUUGGUACAGUUUUAGGAGCUUCCAUGGCUUAUGGAAUUUAUAUUCGUCAAGAUAGUUACAGUCUUGCUGCUUGGAGAUUAUUAUAUAUCAUUGCCGGUGUUAUUACUUUCGUUUUAGGUCUUGUGACAAUGUUCCAUAUCCCAGAUGUUCCAGUUAAGGCUUGGUUCUUGAAUGACACUGAAAAGAAAUAUGUUGUUGCUAGAAGUAGACAAAAUCAACAAGGUUUUGGUAACGGAAAAUUCAAGAAACAUCAAUUUAUGGAAGCUAUUAUGGACAUAAGAACUUACAUCUUACUUAUCUACAUCUUCAGUUACUCACUUCCUAAUGGGGGGUUCCAAAAUUUUGGUUCAAUUCUUUACCAUCAAGAUUUAGGGUUCGAUACCGGUACUAGUUUAUUGAUGAGUAUUCCUGGAGGAGCUAUUGAUAUUGUAAGUCCACUUCUUGCUAUUGCCUUAUCCUUUAUUACCAGUAGCAGUUUGCUUAUUUCCGCCAUGGUAAAUGUUUUGGGUAUUGUAGGUAUGUGUCUUUUAGCUUUCACUAGUAACCCAGGAUCUCAACUUUUCGGUAUUUAUACUUUCUAUCUUGCUACCGUAUCCAUCAGUUGCUUCUAUUCCUACAUUGGUAAUAAUAUUGCUGGUUCAACUAAAAGAAUUACCGUUCAUGCAAUCGCUAUUAUUGGAUAUUGUGCCGGGAACGCUUCAAGUCCUCAAACUUUCAGAGCCAAGGAUGCUCCAAGUUACACCCCAGCCAAAGUAUCUAUGAUUGUUGGAUUUGUUGUCGGAACUCUUUGUUUCCUUGCUCUUUAUUUCUUAGAUGAUAGAGAAAACAAAAGAAGAGAUAAAUUGAAGGAAAAUCCCGAUUAUAUAGUUCCAGAGAACUUUGAAUUUGCUGAUUUAACUGACAAAGAAAAUUUGGAGUUCAGAUAUGCUUUGUAG